UAUAUAGCACGUUUCACGGGCGUCCCGUUUGUAAGACUGCUUGGAACAAAGCCAAGCAAAAUUCACCAUGCCUGUCUUUGCUUUGUUCAUGAACUACAUGUCCCGUUGCACGUAUCGUGUUAUAACCCGCGUGCCCCUAUAAUUACAUGCUCCCUGUUUUUCUGUGGAUGGCUACAUAAGUGUAGAUAUGUGAAGCAUUAAAUUCCGGUUUUCAUUUCAGUUAGGAAAAAACCACGAUGGUGGUCCAAGGGUUCUUUCAUUUGCCAGUUUUCCUCUCCCUGUUGGUAUUCUUUCAUUCAGUAUUUACACAGUACCACCGUGAUACUCGCGAAGACUCCAUCUUUGGGAUGAUGUUACAAAAUCACAUCUUUAAAACAAUCACCAGAGCUGCAUUCGGCGAUGAGUGUUUACGGGAAUGUUAUCAUGACAUCAGAUGCCAAAGCUUUAACUAUGUCUUCACCCAAGAUAAGUGUGAGCUGAGUAAUCGUACAAAGGAAGCCAGGCCUGAAGAUUUUGUGCCCAACUCUGAGAGAUAUUACUUCAGACGAGACAUGAAUAGAGUAAUCCUCGGUGCCAUUCCAGAGCUUCCUGCAGACUCGUGCAAGGAAAUCAAGGCCAGUGGAGGUGGACAAGCAGUCAGUGGUUAUUACUGGGUGAAUCUCAUUAAGAGAGCAGUUCUACUUCACUGUGACAUGAAGAUCGAAGAUGCUGACGAAUGCAAUGCCUCUAUCAAUUUUUGUGACGCUAACGCUGAUUGCAAGAACACUCUGGGUUCAUACAGUUGUUCAUGCAAAGCCGGAUUCCUGGGUGAUGGAAAAACUUGUAGAGAUAUUGAUGAGUGUAGUGCUUCUAUUCGGGUGUGCAACAUAAAUGCCGACUGCCACAACACUCUUGGCUCUUAUAGCUGCUCCUGUAAGCCUGGAUUUACUGGUAAUGGAAUGACAUGUGCAAAGCGAGAUGCUAAAAACUGUGCUGAUAAGUAUAAUUCAGGCAAACGAAGCAAUGGCGUCUACUCCAUCAAUCCGGACAUUUCAGGUGCCUUCAGUGUUUUCUGUGACCAAACAGCAGCUGGUGGGGGGUGGACUGUGUUCCAGAAGAGACUGGACGGCUCUGUUGACUUCUAUCUCAACUGGAUUAACUACAAAACUGGCUUUGGUAGCUUGAAUGGGGAGUUUUGGCUUGGACUGGACAAAAUACACCGCCUUACUAACAGCAGUAAUUACAAGCUUCGUGUUGAUUUGGAAGACAUGUCGGGAAAUACAGCCUAUGCCGAGUACAAUGUCUUUACGGUUGGCAAUGAGGCAACAAAGUACCAACUGAACGUCAGAAAUUACUCGGGAAACGCUAGUGACUCGCUGGCUAACCAUAAUGGUUAUCCAUUCAUGACAAAAGAUAUUUCCUCUUCCAAUUGUGCUGUGACCUAUAAAGGAGCUUGGUGGUAUUAUAGUUGCUACGAAAGCAGCCUAAAUGGUGUUUACCAUAAUGGAGAACUUCCGCCGAAAACAGAAAAACUUAGCCAUGCCAUAGACUGCAACAUUGUUGGAAAAGUGGUGGUGGAGGCGGAUUUUAUUACAGUGGAAAAAGUGGAAGGAAUUAUGGUGGAACCACGGGAAAAGGUGGAGAGAGCGGUAAGGGAUAUCUGGAUGGAGCGUUGGGUGGUGGAAUCACGAUUAAAGAUGUUGUGGGUGGGUUUGGUGGUGGUGGUGGCGGAGUACAUAAAUAUAGCCAAGGAGGAGGAGGAGGUGGGUACUCUGGUGGAAGAAGUGGAGCCAAUGCAAUGA